AUCAGUUAAAGUCAGGAUUUUAAAGUGAAAAGAAGUCUAUUUUUUAAGAAAAUGAUGUUUAAUUUAUAUUUGUUAUUUGUUGUUGUAUUUGCCUUCUUCAGCUACGCUGAUGCUGGUGGCGAGUCAUUUCAAGAAUUCUGUUUCAGAAUUUGUGCUCCAUGCAGUGAUGUUGAAAACACUUUUGGCUGUGAUUGCAGUAUUUUGCCAUAUUACCCAGAUGCAAGAUGUGAAGUACCAUCAUUCCCAUUGGAACCAGAACCUGAACCUUCUUCUUAAGGACACACGACUUUAUUAUCACGAAUUUUAAUAAUUAUUGAAAUUUACUGUUAAUAAAAAUUCAUUGUUGAUUUAUUAGUAAGAAUUAAGUGUUUUAAACUGCUUUUUACCAAUUUUUUAGGAACAAUACGCUUUUAUAUUCACUUUGUCUGGCAGGCUGGUACAAUAAGAUCUCAGCAAUGAAAGCAUGUAAAGAUUUCAAAGUUUUUGCAUUCAAUAGCUGUCAUGUUGGAGGCAAACCAAAUCCACUUUUUAAAACAUAACUACGUACAAAAUCUUGGAUCAGUCAAGAAAAUUAAUGUGUUUCGAGGUUAAUUUUUUACAACCCUG